AUAACCUGUGCCACAGUGACGAAGAUUUGAGAUGCGGCAUACAGACGAGUUGUAAAACAUUCGAAAUAACAACAUUCCUGACUAAUACGAACUAAAUGCGCUUCGAGUGCUUCGGAGAGUUAGUUUAUUUAAACAAUGACCGGGUUUACGGAGAGUGCGCUCGUGAAAAAAUUGAAUGAACUCAACAACUCAUCUCAAAGCAUUCAAACUCUGAGUUUGUGGAUCAUACACCAUCGAAAACACCAUGCAUUAGUUGUGAAAAUAUGGCUCAGAGAAUUAAUUAGAGCUACAUCAAGAAAAUUAGUUUACAUGUAUCUUGCCAAUGAUGUAAUACAAAACAGCAGGAAAAAAGGGCCUGAAUAUGGCAAGGAGUUUGGUCUGCACUUAAAAAAAGCCUUUGAAAACAUUGCCAGCAGUGGUUGUGAUGAGAAGACCAAAGGUAGCCUGGGUAGAUUGUUAAAUAUCUGGAAAGACAGACAAAUGUAUGAUGAAAGUCUCAUUACGGAAUUCCAAGAAGCUUUAAAUCUCCCAGCUAGUAUUGAAGAACCACCAAUCAAGAAACAGAAAUCCAAUCAUAAUUCAAAUCCGAAAGAAAGGAAAAAGUCUGAGACUGAAGUGAUUGUUGAGGUGGAUGGCAAGCUGGAAACUCAUGUACACCUAAGUCCAAACAUAAAUGCCUCAGAUCCGCCGGAACCGGAAGAGCUUAUCAAAGCUAUUCAAGACUUAGAGAAUAAUACUGCUUCUACUGAUGAGGGUGUCAGGCAGAAGAUUGCUCAACUUCCAAUUGAAGUGUCUGAAACUUCUCAUUUAUCUAAAAUAGAAGACAAAGAUGCAGCUGAAGGACUUUCAAAAAAAGUCGAAGAUGCUUUACUUUUACUAAACGACUACAAUAGUCGACUCUCCGUCGAGGUGGAAAGCAGAAAAAAGGUUUCUUCAAUGCUUAGAGAGUUCCUCAUCUCACAGAAAGAACUUCUGGCCCAAGCAGAAGCUGGAUUAGAAGAGUACCAAGAAAAACUAUCCAAAGUCUACACCGUACGACAAGAACUGAAGUCUCACAUACAAAACCUACCCGAUUUGACAGCCCUACCGGAUGUUACAGGUGGCCUGGCGCCACUUCCCUCCGCCGGAGAUCUCUUCAACGUGAACAACGUUCAUUAACAGAAAUGAAUCAACAAGUCUGAAAUAGCUAGGCUACACUACACAUACAAAUGCAUAAUACAUGAGUGCAGGUCUUAAUUUAAGCUUGCUUUGUGUUUUUGUAAAGAUUCAUUUCAUGUCGCAAGAGUUAACACAACAAGACAGUCGUAAAAUGCAUUACGUAAAUGUACGACAAUACUUUAUUUAAAUGAACAAGCAGAUUGACAUCUCACUUAGGCAAACAAGUGUGUAAUUUUAUUUGAACUUGUCUUAUCGGCUAACUAACUAGAAAACAGUUGAGUAUCAUUUGUGGUUGGCGAAUUGAUUGCGUUUGAAACUACACAACAAUAAACAUUUUUCUAAUGUUA